AUGCAACGCCUGCUGCGGUUCUCUACGGCGGCGGUGGCGCCGUCCAAGCGCGUGCGGCACAUCCCGGCGCAGAUGCAGUUUACAUGCGAGGGGGAAACCACACCAGGGAAUGCCACGGCGCUACUUGGGUUCUUGGAGUACAACAUCCAGGGGACGACGAUGGACAUGUGGCGAACGUUUGUGGAUCCCGCGGGACGAGGGCAAGGAAUCGCCAAGCUAUUGUGCGACGAAGCGUUUGAAUAUGCCAAGACGAACGAAUUGGAAGUCGUGCCUUCCUGCUCGUACAUUCGACACACCUAUUUGAAGCCAUCCCCAACGAAGCGAAAAGCCCCGUAA